ACCACCGCCCUCUUCCAAGAUGUCGAAGCGAGGGCGCGGAGGUUCCGCUGGUAACAAGUUCCGGAUGUCGCUGGGUCUGCCAGUGGCAGCCACCAUUAACUGCGCUGAUAACACUGGAGCCAAGAACCUGUACAUCAUUUCAGUGAAGGGAAUCAAGGGACGCCUUAACAGGCUUCCUUCUGCCUGUGUUGGCGACAUGGUGAUGGCCACUGUGAAGAAGGGGAAGCCUGACCUGAGGAAGAAGGUCAUGCCGGCUGUCGUCGUGAGGCAGCGCAAGCCAUGGCGCCGAAAGGACGGUGUCUUCAUGUACUUUGAAGACAAUGCUGGAGUCAUUGUGAACCCGAAGGGAGAGAUGAAAGGUUCUGCCAUCACUGGACCUAUCGGCAAGGAGUGUGCUGAUCUGUGGCCCAGGAUCGCCAGCGCGGCGAAUGCAAUUGUCUAAUUGAAGCAGCUAGCUUAAAGUUUUGAUAGCAUCUCUCUUUCAGUACCAUGUUUGGCCCUUUAAGGGGUUUAAUGGAUGAUCUGUGCUGCUGGAUUAUGGAGGAUCUGUGCCCUUUAAAGAUUUUGCACUGCGAUACUUAGCAUGGUACUGUUGCUGACAUUUAGUGGUUUAAAGUUCGAAUAUAUUCCAGAAUUUCUGCGUUGCUGUUGUGUUUGUCUGAUAAUUCCUGUUGCGUGAA